AUGGACUUCCCUGGCUGUGCCUCAGUAAGGAGAGCAAAUGGAACUGUGCACCACCUCAGGGAGACAGAGUUCAACAGUUCCUCAAAUUUGGAUGACACAACUUUGCUCUUUUUGCUGGAGGAAUGGUCUCUCACCCCAUCAGGCACAAACAUGAAGAUGUUUUUAAUCUCUCCAGUUGUCUGCCUCGUGGCAGGUGUCCUCAUCAUCCCUACCAUCUUAUUUGUGAUCUUCUCUCGGUUUGACAUCCGUCAGGAAACAAGGUACAUGCUGCUGGGAAAUACUCUGCUUUCUGAUCUGAUCUACCUGUUGGUUUACACCCUGUCAGCUGCUCUCAAUACAGCACAUCUACACCUCCCAAAGGAAGCUUGUGUCCUCCUCUUAUUUUUGCUGGCAGUGGCUUACUGUGGAGGACUGUUCACAGCUGUUGCAAUAGUCUUGGACACGUACAUAGCUGUUUCAUUUCCUUUGCGCUACAUUGUUAUUUUGCCUCCUUCACGAACUAAAAAAAUCAUUGCAUUACUAUGGAUGUGUUCUGGAGCUUUCUCUGGGAUUUUCUUCUGUGUGCUAUGGACUACGCACAGCUUUGUGCCCUGCGUCCUGGAAACGUGCUCAGUUCCAGUAAUACUAAUAUUAACUCUGAAUGGGACUGAAACUGUGAAACUCUGUUUCUGGGUUUCUACCACAGUUAUCUUUCUCUGCCUGUCUGUAAUAUUUGGUUGCUAUGCUAUUCUGUAUUUUAAAACCAAACACUCGGGUAUAUGGGAGAGCAUCUGCUCCAGAGCCAGUGUGACAUUCUUAAUGCACAACACUGUGUUAUUUUUUUACCUCUUUCCACUCUUGGCUCUUUUUAUAGAAUCAUUCUUGUGUGUUAAUGUUGCCAUCAGACUGCAGACAGGAAUCCUGGUCUCCCUGACAGUCUGCAAUGUCCUCAUGAUUCUUCCUAAAGUUCUGUUUCCUUUUCUGUAUGGGCUUCGAUACAGAGAGAUCUCAGCCUCUCUCAAAUCCAUUGUCAGGAGGAAGCAGCUUCGCACGGUGUCACCAGCUCCACCACCAUCCUGA